AGUAAUCAACCAGACUGCGGAUGCAUAUUUGUUAUUGUGCACUGCUUGUAAUAAACAAAAUCAUCUUUAUAAUGAUUUCAUCUUCAAACCAUUGCUUCCAAAUUGAAAUUGUUCAAAUAUGGAUUUUGAUGUGAGAGGACAAUAGGCAAUGUAAGAAGCAUUAUUAUGGAUUAUGGUAUUGUAUUUUGGCCAGAAGUUAUAUGCUUUAAUGAUGGAUUUGUUUCUUACAAGCACAAAGCUUUCCUCCCCAUAAAAUCUUUUAUGAUGCACUACAUUCAUGUGGGUUAUUGUGAUGUUUGUUUAAUCAGCUGUUUGGACUCUCAUUCUGACGGCACCCAUUUACUGCAGAGGAUCCAUUGAUGAGCAAGUUAUGGAAUGCUAAACUUCUCCAAAUCUGCUCAGAUGCAGAAACGAGCUCAUCUGCAUUGUAUAUAGUGGAUUUACUGCAAUUUUUCAUUCUUGGCUGAACUAUUCCUGUAAAUAUCUAAUAAAAUGUGUUCUAUUUUCUUUCAUCCUCUUACACUUCUUCCUGUUUUGGAGCUGUGAAAAAAUUCUGGCUCUCUCUGGACAAGUGUUGCAGUAGUUAACACACUUUAACGUGCGUCAUGGGGGAAAGGUUGCCCCCCUCUGGUGCCAGCUUGAUUGGUACGGCCCGAGCCUCAGGCAAUGGAGUUUUAAAACCUCGAUGUUGCUAGAAUGUGCCUUUUAGAGUAAGGGAGGGGGUUUGUCCUCACAGAUCUGCGGUCGUUACAGCAGUUCAGCAUCAUCACCGUCUGUGUGCAGCAUCUCAGACAGGUGCCGAGACUGAAGACAGAGGCAAAGACUUUUUGAAGUAAGCCAAAUUAGAAAAAACUGAGACCAUGACCCAGGGAAAGGUUUCAGUGACAAACAAAUCAAACAAUGGCUCGGAUGUUCAGCCGAUGGCCACAGCUCCUCCAAGUUACGAGGAGGCAACUGCUGAAGGUGGAAGCCCUUGUUAUAGCGGAGCCUAUCCUGGAGAUAGUGAGAUGCUCACCGAAUUCAGCUGGGAUGACAAAAACAUCAGGAGGAUAUUCAUCCGCAAGGUGUACACCAUCCUGAUGCUCCAGCUAUCUGUCACAUUAGCCUUUGUGGCAGUUUUCAUUUUCUGUGAACCUGUGAAAUAUUACAUACAGGCCAACCCUGGCUGGUACUGGGCAUCAUAUGUGGUGUUUUUUGUCACAUAUCUGACCCUAUCCUGCUGCCGUGGACCCCGGAGGCAGUUCCCAUGGAAUCUGAUUCUGCUCAUUAUUUUUACUCUGUCUCUUUCUUACAUGACAGCAAUGCUCUCCAGCUACUACAAUACUAAAUCUGUCAUCAUCUGCCUGGGUAUCACUGCCUUGGUGUGUCUUGCUAUUACUAUCUUUAGCUUCCAAACCAAGAUUGACAUUACUUCAUACCAAGGCGUGCUGUUAGUUUUUUGCACAGUAUUGUUAAUUUGUGGACUUUUCCUGGCAAUCAUCCUGCCCUUUGGAUAUGUUCCAUGGUUGCAUGCUGUGUACGCUGCCUUGGGAGCAGUACUGUUUAGCAUGUUCCUGGCAUUUGACACACAGAUGCUGAUGGGGGAAAAGCAAUGCACAAUAAGUCCUGAGGAAUACAUCUUUGCCACCCUCAGCAUAUACCUGGACGUUGUUUACAUCUUCUCUUUCUUUCUCCAGUUGUUUGGAACUCCUGAACGGCAGUGAAUGUGCCGUUAACCUGAAGCUCCAACUGCUCUUCUUUUGUCUCUCUGAUCUGAGUGAUCAUGUCUUUCCAGCAUGAUAUGGAUCUUCAGUGCACGCUGUUGUGUUUAAACUCACCUCAGCUUUGACGAUGCAUAUACAUUGCUUAUACAUUGCUUAUGUACACUGGUAAAACUUUACAACUUUACGACUGGUGUCAUAGAAAACAAAACAGAAAAUAUAAAA